AUGACGUCAGCGUGUGAAUACGAGUACCCACAACGAGAGCCCAUCAGGAGCAAAAAUUUACCUUACGUCGAGGUGGUGGAACAGCCCUCCACAAAUACGGUUCGUUUUCGUUAUGAGUGUGAGAAGCGAGCUACGAGAUGCAUAAUGGGUGUCAACAGUUCACCCAAAGAAAAAACAUACCCCUCAAUAAAAGUACAUGGUUAUCAAGGUACAGCUGCGAUUCUCAUAUCCUGUGUGACAAAAGAUGACCCACCUAAGCCACACCCUCACAGCCUUGUAGGAAGAGAUUCCUUUAAAAAUGGUAUAUGUUCUAUAAAAAUGAAUCUUGAUGGCAAUGCCGUGUCCUUUAGCCACCUAGCGAUUCAGUGCGUGAAGAAAAAACAAGUUCGAGACGCCCUAGAGAUCAGAAAACGCGAGCAAGUCGAUCCCUUCGCGACUGGAUUCGAACACAUGGACUUUCCGGACACAAUCGACCUCAAUGCUGUACGACUCUGUUUUCAAGUUUUCAUCCAGGGCUCAGACAGAAGAUUCAGUGUACCCCUCAAGCCUGUAGCAACAUCCAUAAUAUACAACAAGAAAGCCGUCGAGGAACCCGUAAUUCACAAACUGAGCCAUUGCGGUGCUCCAGUUGAUGGUGACAUGGAAAUGAUACUUCUUUGUGGAAAAGUCUUGAAGGAUGAUAUUCAAGUUCGGUUCUUUGAGAUGCGAGACAAUUCACUUUUCUGGCACGAUUAUGGAGAGUUCUUACCCACGGAUGUUCAUAAGCAGACAGCUAUUGUUUUCAAAACACCCAAAUACCGCGAUCAGAAAAUUGAAGAACCGGUCACUGUUCUUAUUCAGCUGAGAAAGAAAUCUGAUGGUACAACAAGCAAAGCGGUUCCCUUUCAAAUGCUUCCAUUGGGUGAUGUUGAUGACAUGAGUUCGAUUAAGAGAAAAAGGAUGAAAUUUUCUAGCGGAAGGCCUCUUGGUGGUGGAAUUUUCCCGAGACCAUUGUCAAUUUUUCAAGAUCAGGCAUCAGCGCAUCCGGUAAAGUUGAGUUAUAACAAUCAGGCCUCUCAAUCAAGUAUGGAUUUUAAUAUUCCCUUUAAUCAGCAACAACAUCUUAAAACUUGUCGUUCUUCUCAGUCACGCACUGAGGUACCUAAACCAAGACUUUCGUCUCAAAUGGAAGGUUUAUCUCAAGCUAAUCUUGGUUCAGUAGUAGCUCGAUCUCAACGUCCUGUAGAACCUCCUCCUCCUCCUAGUAUCACAAUGAAUGCUUGUGCGUAUCGGGAACCAAUGUUUGCUAAAUAUCGUGAGCAAGAAUCGAGUCACUACGCGAGGCACUCCAUCAAUCAACGAGCCCAAGAAAAAAUGGACCGGGAUGAACUUUUUGAAUUGAUUGACCUCCCCUGCAACAUGGAUCAGCUGAGCCCCCAGGAUUUAGCCAUUCUUGGCUCUACGAAUUUAGAUAAUAUUUCGGAAUCUCUCUCAGAAAAUCUUUCCAAGGGGCUUUCAAUCUCGGACCAACAAGUGCAAGACACACUUCAGAAUAUACGUGAGCUGAAUAAGGAUGUUCAAUCCUAUCAGCAGCAUAGCCGCAAUAAUUUUUUAAGAAAUAAUGAAAGGAGAGAAUUAAGAGCAGCUGGAUCAUCCUUCAAUCCCUUUAUGAGACAAGCUGUUGACGAGCACAUGGACCCGGCUCAGGUGGCAGCGCAGUUGUUUUUGUAACAGAGUAACUUUGUAUUAAAGUGCUGGAGUAAGAUGAUUUGGUUAGAAAAAUCAAUGGUUUGAAUUGUGUCCAGUAAACGUGAAGAAAGAAACAUCCAUAGAAACUCCAGAACGGAAAAAGGACACUGAUUACGUUGAUGCUGAGAAUGGAAAUUCCGAUGUGGUGUUCGAAAAGGAAGAGCACUCGAAUUAUGAGUUGCGGACACGAAUUUAAUGAAAGCGAUUGCGCAGUGUACCAGCGGAACAC